UUAAGCAGUUUACUUGUUUAUUUUUUGGUUUGUUUUUAAAACCCAUGUUUCCUGGUCUUUCUUUAAUCUUCUUUCAUAAAUUAAUAUGUUAGUUAAUCAUGUUUUAUUUUUAUUUCCCAGUAUAUUUCUUUGACGAGUGAGCCUAAUUUUGUGUAUGUUUUGAUGGCUAAAACUAAAGGUCCCAAAAAGAAUAAACCUGAAGUUUUCAAGCCACUUCAUCUUUUAGAAGAGGAAAUUGCCGAGUUUUUCGAGAAAUUUUGUAACAAACCUUCGUUCCAGGAUGAUAAAUGGUUCAGAGAUUAUCGACAUUGCCACUUAAUCGAUCCAAAACUAUGUUCUGACUACUAUCCAAGUCACCUGAAAUCAGCUCAUUUUAAAGUGACCACCAAUGAAAAUAUUGAUGGAGUUGAUGAUGAAAGUUGGAUACAAUUGGAUGCUUUUAAAACUCAUGUCAACCCCGAGAGUGAAACUUUAACUUGUUUUAUUGGGUCUGAAUGCUAUGCUAUGGAAUGGUUACCAAAACCUAAGAUUAACCAAGCAAAUUGUUCAUUCGAGAACUAUGACAAUAUUGAUGAUGGAAUCAAUAGCAAUAAUAUAACAUCUUCGACUGAGGAAUAUCUUGUAGUGGCUAGUGUUGGUGAUGGACGUGGUUUCGACGAUUAUGAAGUACCUAAUUUUAUUCAGAAAAGUGAUGUUCAUGGAAUGCGGAAAGGUUUAAUUCAACUUUGGAGAUUCGCAUCAAAUAUGUUAGAAUGUGUUUGCUGUUUUGCUAACGAUCAUGGUUUGAUUUGGUCACUUGAAGCUCCCAAAGGUGGUACAUCCUACUGUUCUCGUAAACGCCGUCUCUCAUUAGUUGCUGCUGCUUUCGAUGAUGGAUUCGUCAGGAUUUACUCCAUUCCAUUCCCCGAGGAUUUAAUAACUAGUCUUACAGAUAACCAUCAUUUUUCUAAUCAUAACAAACUGCCUCCUAUUUUCCAUUUGCAGCCUGUUGCUGUUUUAGAACCACCAUCGUCUGCCCAUAUUGUUGCUCGAUGUUUAUCUUGGUCAUGGUGUGAUCAACAGAACUAUCUAGCUGUAGGCUAUGGAGAUGGUAUGGCUAAUUACUUUAACUUGUCUACUACUUCAUCAAUUUUAGUUAGAAAUGACGAUGAAAACAACUCUUUAGUCAUCAAACCUAUCAAAACUUGGAUCGCUCAUGGAGCUUUGGUCAGUGCAAUUCAAAUCUUACCUUUACCUGGAAGUAAAUCUAUUAUAACUGGAGGCUGGGACCGUAAUAUUAAACUCUGGAAUGUGCGUGAGGCGCGUCUAAUGCCUUUAUUGCUGCUUCAUCGAUCAGUAGUUCAUUGUCUUACUGCCUCAGUUCAUUUAUUAGGAGGUUUUUUUAUUUCAUUGGACGACGCUUUUUUAUCGAGCAACCAAUCAGUUGUAACUUUUAAACAAAUCUAUGAAGAAGGGCAACGUUCUUCUAUUGAGAAUCGUUCUCUGUAUACUAUACCAUUCGAGACAUCCAACGUUUAUUCCCUCUCACUAUCCUUAUUUUUUAACUCUAUACUUGUGUCUGACAACUCUGGAAAUUCAAUUCUACAAAAUAAUUUUCGCGCAAAGCAUGAGAAAACUACUCGCCGAAAGUUAUCAGAUCUUCUUCCUAUAUUUACAAGUCAACUCCAGCAGCGAGUCUCUCAAAAACUUAACGACGAAAGUGCCAUUAGAGAUGAGAUCUCCUCAGAAAAUUCUACAGAAGCUCAGGUAUCAGGACUGAAUACCAAAGGUGGCAAGAAACAAGCCAAAGCCCCAGCCAAAAUCAACAAAAACUCAAACAGCUAUCUUAUUGAUAAAAAUGUCAAUAGAGUUCGUAGCUAUGAAGAAAUGAUAUCCCAGUAUGGGAUUAUAUUCAAUGACUACUCCGUUAAUCGGAUGGAUUCUCGUUUAAUUUCAAUUGUUUCGAAAUUCCGAGAAGGUUCAAACUUGAAGCGAGCUCGUUUAACAGAUUAUCCUAUUACAUCUAUAAAUAAGUGCAUAUGGUCACCUAACAAAGAGUCAUCAAAUACCUUAGCAAAUCUUAUUCAUUCUGGUUUCAUUAGAAUCUCUUCUAUAUCCAAAUCUUUUCUUGAGGACCCAUCAGCUAAGAAAGAAAUGUCAACCGUUUCAAGAGAGACCACGAGAAGUAAAAGAACUUUGCUUUCAUGAUUUUAUUUCGCUCUGCAUUCUUGCAUUGUCUAUUUAUUAGUUCAAAUUGAAAAAGUUUACGUAACUUAAAUUAAAAAUUUAUAAUGUUUAGAAUAAUUUA